AUGACCAAGGAUACCAGGACAUUCAAAGUGCUCCUGGUGGGAAACUCCGGUGUGGGCAAGACGGCCUUCUUGCACCGAUAUCUCAAAAAGAGAUUCGAGCAUUCGUUACCGGUAACGGCUAAUGUUGAGAAACAUGAUAUCCUUCUACACACGACCGUCGGCCCGGUGAGGUACGAGGUCUGGGAUGUCAGCGGCAAUCAGAAACCAAACACCCUGGCUUCGAGUGAAUUCGACGAGAUCGAUGCUGCGAUUAUCAUGUUUGAUCUGACUGAUCGAAUUUCGUAUAACAAUGUACCUAAUUGGUACCAAAGCCUCGUGAACAAGGACGGGAUGCGUCUUGGGAAGUAUAUUCCCAUCUGCAUCUGUGGGAACAAGGAUGAUGCCCCGAUGGAUGCCAAAUUGCCGCCAAAGGCAAUCACCUUUCCCAAGAAGAAAGGAACGGGCUAUGUGGAGAUGUCUGUCAUGGAUCUGGGGAACAUACAUGAACCGUUCAUUGAUCUUGCAAGGCAGCUGUUGAGGAAUCCUACCAUGUGGUAUAAACCGCUGCCCCAUUUUGGACCGGCAGUAUUGGAAUCUCAAACGGUUCGGCACCACCGGUCGCCCCGGGAAAAUGGAUCCCAAGAUUCUAAAGAUGAAUUUGGACCCCGUGUUCUGGCCAAGGAGAUGCCUGCUUCUGAAUUACUGCCGCCAACAACAUCAGAUAUCUCGUCUGAAAACCCCCCAACCGCCAUCGGGUCGCCCAAGAAGGCGGAUUCACCUAACGGGCAACUGAAGUUUAUCAGUACUACUAACAAAGUACAAAAUGGGAUUAAACCGCUUGUCUACGGGACUGUUUCAGUGUCCAGCGAGACCAAAUCGGCAGUCAAUAGAACCCUCCCAGUUGCAGAAGCUGAUGAGACAAAGCUGCAUAUUGUGCCGACGGAAGUGCACGAAGCUACGAAGAACCACGAACCAACAAGGGAGCAUCACGAACCUACAAAGGAGCAUCACGAACCAAGAACGGAGCAUCGUGAAUCCAAGAAAGCACUCGAAUCCACAGAAAAGCGACCAACGUCGCUCAAAGACCAGAGCCUCUUCGUCCUGUGCAUCCACUGCAUCAGAAUGGUGCUCAUCAAGUGCAUCCAGGGAACGCCCCUAGCUCAACUAUCAAACGACAGCCCCUCUUUUGCCCUCAUCACGACAGCAUGCCGUUCCUGCUGCCACGACUCAAAAAAGCCCCAGUCCGACGAAGUGCGCAUGUCUCCCGAUCUAAUUCGGUAUACAGCCAUGUAUGACUGUGCGCGCAAGGUGGCCGAGGAUGAGGUGGAGGUACUCGCGAACAAAAAGAGUGUUGCGCAUAUCUCUCUGGAUAAACUGACGAAUAGUAUUGGCCGCGAGUGCCAGAUUCAGGGGAUCUCGACCAGUUCGGAUACACUGCAGCGGUUAAGGCAGCUGGCGAGGAAGGAUGUGUUGUUGGGGUAUGUGCCGGGCGCGUUCCUCUAG